GACCUAGAUAAUUUGUCGCCAAAAACUAUAAACAAUCGUACUAAUAUGGACAACGAACAGCAUAAUAUUACGGUUGCACGUCGUUUUCUGUUGAGUCUGUACGUUGCGCCGGAUACGAAUAGUGCGAUCGAAACGACACAUCUUCUAUGAACAAUAUUGUUACCUGAUUACCUUUAAACUCUCAAAAUGCUACAGCUACAUCAAAACGGUUCGGUAAAUAAUGGUUACACUAACUGUAUUGCUAGAGCCAUGUAUGAUAACAUUGCUGAAGCACCUGAUGAAUUAGCAUUUAGAAAAGAUGACAUAUUAACUGUAUUAGAACAAAAUACAGCUGGUCUUGAAGGAUGGUGGUUAUGCUCAUUAAGAGGCCGUCAAGGGAUAUGUCCUGGUAAUCGCUUAAGACUAAUACCAGGUGUAUAUGAAGUGACUGAACCCCAAAUUAAAUCAUCAACUUGUAUCCAAGAUCAAAGUAAUUUCAAUCACGAAAGCAAGCAUCAAAGCUGGCAUGCAAACCUAAAUACAGUGACGUCACAACAGAAACUGGGUGACCUCCUUACAUAUGAUACUCCUCAAAAAACUGUCGAUACUAAUGGCUAUAAUAUUCCACCUACCAAUCAUGCAUUAGAUCGGCUAACGAGCGAUUUUACCAAACGACCACUCAGUAUUGGAAGCAGUAACGGCUGUUGUAGUGAUAGCUAUGAUCCUCUCCCAAACCAUCAUCUCCUUGCUUCAAAAGAAAGUUAUGAUGUACCAAGACCGCUGAAUAGACAAGUCACUCCUAGUAGUUCGAUCAGCUCAUUAUCAACUGGUGGUAUUUGUAGUAGUACAAGCGGAAGUGAAUCUAAUCGGUCUAGUAGUAUUGGACUGGAUUAUGAUAUUCCUAGAAACCGAACAUUAGCUUCUUUGCCAUCUGAAUUUCAGAAUUUUACUAUUAGUACUCAGGAUUAUGAUGUUCCAUCAAAUAGUUUGCAACCUAGAGAAUUAUCUAUAGAUUUGAACUGUGCACUGGAAUGUUUAGACAAACUAACAUCAGAAGUCUCUUUUAAUACUACUCAGCUAUUAAAUUAUGCUGGGCCAAAUUGGAGGAGUCAAAAAAAUUUAGAAGCCAAUCUUCUUGAUAUAAAAAUUAUAUCUUUACGACUUAAAACUAGUUUACACAAAUUUAUUGCAUUUUCAGAAGGAUGUUUAGGAAAUGCAGUUAAUGCUCGUGAUAAAGGGAUCUCAACUAAACUUCAUCCGUUAGUAUUUGAUUUAAUGAAAACUGAUAAAAUGAUCAGUUUUUGCACAAAUACUUUGGAUUGUCUAGAUUGGAAACCACAUGUAUUACACAGAGAUUCAAACCAUGAAUGUGAAUAUUCUGAAGACUCCUUGGAUAAGCUAAUUUCAUGUGCCAAAUUAUUGAUUGAUGACAUUCGUCAGAUCACAUCGUUUAUUAAGGGUAACUCAACAUUAUUGUUUAAAAAAAGAAUAGUAUGUGCUGAUGAUGAAGAUGAUGAUUAUGAAUACAUAGGUGAUGAGAGUGGCAAAAAUCCAAAUGUAACUAGUGCUUCCAUUAAAAAUGACAGUCCCUCUUCUGGAGUUUCUAAUAAUGAAAGUCUUUCUUCUGGACUUUCUACUAAUGAUAAAAAAAUAGUUAAAUUCUAUAGUCAUCAAAUCGCCAAUCAAUCUGAUUUUUUAACUAGUCACAUUAACACGUUUUUACAAAUUGUUGAACAAAACCGCCCACCACCAGUAUUUGUUAUGAAAGUCAAGUAUAUAAUAUUGAUUGCUCAUCAAUUGGUUGUUGUUGGUGAUACAAUUUGUAGAAAUAUACAAGAGUCAACUGUGAAGAAUCAUGUGGAACAAUGUUCAAAAGCUUUAUCUGCAGGUAUUUCGACAGUAGUUCAAAAAUCUAAAAUAGCCACACAGUUAUUUCCUAGUGUAACUGCUGUACAAGAAAUGAUCAACAGCAUUGUAGAAAUUUCACAUAUUGUGAAUGAUCUGAAAAUAUCUGUUUUAAAAGUUAAAUGAACUUUAUGUUUGAUAUGUAGUUCAUGGUAUGCUGUGCUGAAAUGUAUAGUAAAUGGUCUACUACCGUACUUAAUUUUAACCAAGUGAUUAAAAAUGUAAACAAUGAGUACGGGUGACAAUUAGGUGACUCUAAUGAUAAAUGAUAAAUUAUAUAUAAACUUCAUAAUCUGUAAAUUAAAUAAUUUCAUUUUAGUUAUUCCUCCUCACUUCGCUAUAAAUCACCAAAUCUCCCUUUAAAAAAAUCAGAUGGUAGCCUUGCUAUCUCCGACCUCGAAAAAGCUGAACUUUUUAAGGAGCAUCUUUCUCAAACUUUUCAACCACACUUCGACAUAACUAAAAAUAUGAAUGCGGUAGAAACAUUCCUAAAUUCUUCCCUUCCUCUAUCUUUCCCUGUCAAGUCUUUUACUCCAAAUAAUGUAAAAUUUGCCAUACUGAAAUACUCACUAAAAAAAUCGCCAGGCUAUGAUCGCACUACUGCGGAAGUAGCCAGUUCUUUUCUAACUAGAGCUAUUGUCCCAUCACUCACAUAUUUAAUGCUUCACUUAGACUUUCUUACUUUCCUCUACUUUGGAAAUUCUCCACUAUAGUCUUGUUCCCUAAACCAAAUAAACCACCGGACAUUCCAUCUUUCCAUCGAACAAUCAGCCUUCUUCCAUUUUUCGCUAAAAUCCUUGAAUGAUUAAUUCU